CUGCAAUGAUUCUUGAGUAAGAUGUCAAAGUCAGCUGGGGAUCUCAUCACAAGCAUUGUCGGAGUGUGUGGCAUUCUGCAAGCAAACUUAUUUGGAUCUAACACUAAUCAAGCGAGCGUCUCCAGCAGGGAUAGACCAAAACAAGUAGUGUCCCCAAGUGGAAUAAAAAGGAACGCAAGUUCUCCAGUAGAGUUUGACGACAAGGUGUUUAUUGCAACACCGUAGAAAAAACUAUACCCAAGGCAACAAAAGCACAAGUUUGAUCCAAUGUAUACCCUACCGCUCCUGGGCCUCUUCACCACCUCCCUUCUCCUUUCUACACCCUCAACUCAUGCUGCUGGCCAAGAUGUGAUCUCAAAAUGGCUCGAGGAAUUCCGUCCAUCUGUCCUCUCCGUUGACCAACAACGCAGCGAACUGGAAUGGUUUCAGCGCGUCGCAGCAGAGCGCGGUUUGCAGGGUGUCACCGUCCAAUCAACCGCCGAGAGUAUCACAAUCCACAGUUAUGAAAGUGAUACUCUUGCAAGAGCUUUCAGCGAUAUAACAGGCAUCAAAGUCAAUCAUGUUAUUAUGGAUGAAGGAAAUCUUGUGAGCACCAUCACAGAGCAAAUCCGUACAGGAAAACGAUACUUUGACAUUUAUGUUCAUGAUGCCGACUCGAACGGCUUUCAUCUCCGUUCACAACGUCUGCACACGAUCGCCAACAAAAUCGGAGUGGACGGCAACGGUGACCCAAUCUACGAAAUGAACCCACUCCUCGCCCCAGUCACCAACAUGACCAACCUUGAUUUGAACGAUUGGAUGAACAUUUACUUUGGCUCGGAUUUGGACGGGAAUAUUAUUCAAUUGACGGAUCAGCAGUUUGUUAACUUGUACUUUUAUCGGUAUGAUUGGUUUACGGAUACCGAUAUCAAGAACGUCUUCAACGAUACGUACGGCUAUACCCUUGGUGUCCCCCGUACCUGGAAAAGCUACGAGGACAUUGCCGAAAUGUUUCGCCACCGCUGCCGCUUCCUGAAUAGCGACGAUCUCAUUCCUAAAUGCAUUCGUCCAAGCGAUACGCCCCCGGUUGGAUGGGAUGGUGCUCGUUCAGUCUACGGACACGCCGACUAUGGUGCCAUGUCUACUCUCCAGAUCCUGGACGGAAAGCUCGGAUGGAAAUACUUGACCUCGUUUUAUGGUGGCCCUGCUGCAAUGAGCUGGAGGUAUACGGAUGCCUGGUUUUCAAUGGCCGGAAGUGAUGAUAAAGGGUUGCCAAAUGGUGGAGUAAACGGAACCGGUGUCGAUGACUGGGGUAUCAAGGUGGUGAAUCAUGUUCCCAUCGGUGCUUCUGUCGAACGCGGUGGUGCAAUGAACUCAUAUGCAGCCGAAUACGGUCUCAAUCGCUCUAUUGAAUGGAUGUUCAACUACGCUCCUUCUGCUGCCUUGGACUGGGACUUUCUCACAGCGGGCUCCAAGCCCGCACGAGGGGACAUUGCCCAAAUGAUCUUUGAAUACACUCCCGACCUCGCCAAAGACUAUUAUAAAUCCAUUUCCUCCCCCGUCGUCAACUCCAAUGGCGAAUUGAGGUGGAGAGUUGCCCCGUCCCCUGUGGGACGAUACUGGGAUCGCGGCAUGAAAGUUGGAUACCAAGACAGUGGUGCAUGGAGUAUUCCAAAAACGACAAAGGGAAAACAGUUGGAGGCUGCAUGGUUGUGGGCACAGUUUUGCGUUUCAAAGACUGUGGAUUUGAAGAGGUUCAUCGUUGCUGGAACGCCCAUCCGAAAGUCGACUAUCAAUGCCAACUACGUGAGCGACCGUAUCAAAUUCUGGGGCGGCCUCGUUGAGUUCUAUCGUAGUCCAUUGAGACAUUUAUGGACAGACACUGGCACAAAUGUUCCUCACUAUCCCGCUCUGGCGCAAGUAUGGGCUCCGAACUUGGCCAAAGCCAUGGUAUGGGCCAACGGCACAGAAGAGGGUCGCGCUGUUGGGUAUACCCCUCGCCAGGCCGUUGAUGGUAUUGCCCACGAUAUGGAUAUCCUCAUGCAGCGCAUGCGGUUUAAUCUAAAGUCCCCCAACCUUGCACCCGUAAACACGGAUCAAAGCACGUACUAUGCUCAUGCACCUGAUGUCUCGCCAAAGGCGGAACGGACAGAAGCCUACGACGUCAAGUGGACGAUGGAAUUGAAUAUGACCGAGAGUUACCAGGCAUUUUUUGAUAGAUACAUGCUUUGCAUGGCGCCUGGAGAUGCUGCUUGCUCUGCCUGAGGUUCUUGAUUGGAUGCAUUCUUUAUGACUUGUGUGGUUUCGAAUAGUAUUUUAUACCAACGUCACCGUCUUGAAUCUUAUUAGGCAACGUCUGCAGUUCACAAUUUUACAUUAUCCG